CUCGCGAGAUCUUCCACUGUGAGGAGACACAGGAGCCCUGGAGGAGCUGAUGGCGACGGCAGUCAUGUUGGGUGUUGACUCCAUCAAGCUAGAAAAUGGACAGAGCACCUCCUCUAAACUGGGUCUCCCCCCUCUCACCCCGGAGCAGCAGGAGGCCUUACAGAAGGCCAAGAAAUAUGCCAUGGAACAGAGCAUCAAGAGCGUCCUAGUGAAACAAACCAUUGCCCACCAGCAUCAGCAGCUCACCAACCUCCAGAUGGCAGCAGUGACAAUGAGCUUUGGAGAUCCUCUCUCACCUUUACAAUCGAUGGCGGCUCAGAGGCAGCGGGCUCUCGCCAUAAUGUGUCGCGUCUACGUUGGAUCCAUCUACUAUGAGCUUGGGGAGGACACCAUUCGGCAAGCAUUUGCACCGUUUGGACCAAUAAAAAGCAUAGACAUGUCCUGGGACUCUGUCACCAUGAAACACAAGGGAUUUGCGUUUGUGGAGUAUGAAGUCCCAGAAGCUGCUCAGCUCGCCCUGGAACAGAUGAACUCGGUCAUGUUGGGUGGAAGGAACAUUAAGGUGGGCAGACCCAGCAACAUUGGCCAGGCACAGCCCAUCAUAGACCAGCUGGCAGAGGAAGCCCGCUCCUUCAACAGAAUCUAUGUGGCCUCCGUGCACCAGGAUCUGUCUGAUGACGAUAUCAAGAGCGUGUUUGAAGCCUUUGGGAAGAUCAAGUCUUGUAUGUUGGCACGAGACCCAACAACAGGCAAACAUAAAGGUUACGGUUUUAUAGAGUAUGAUAAAUCCCAGUCUUCGCAGGAUGCCGUCUCCUCCAUGAACCUGUUUGAUCUGGGCGGUCAGUACCUUCGAGUUGGUAAAGCUGUUACUCCACCGAUGCCUCUCCUCACACCGGCCACCCCCGGUGGUCUCCCUCCUGCUGCUGCUGUCGCCGCUGCUGCUGCAACUGCCAAGAUCACAGCUCAGGAGGCGGUGGCUGGAGCGGCUGUCCUUGGUACACUGACGAGUCCUGGCCUGGUGUCCCCGGCUCUAACACUGGCACAGCCUUUGGGGGCACUACCACAGGCAGUCAUGGCAGCACAAGCCCCCGGGGUUAUUACAGGAGUGACACCAGUGCGGCCCUCUCUACCAGUUACUAUUCCACAGGUGGGACUGGUGAACCCCAUCCUGUCCAGCCCUCCAGCGAUGGCCCAGUUGGAGAUAAAGAAGGAGAAAGAGAAGGAGGAAGAGGAGCCGACUCUGGAGUCCGAGAGGCCGGAGAUGCUGAGCGAGCAAGAGCACAUGAGUAUCUCCGGGAGCAGUGCGCGUCACAUGGUCAUGCAGAAACUCAUGCGCAAGCAGGAAUCCACUGUUAUGGUCCUGCGCAAUAUGGUUGACCCCAGAGACAUUGAUGACGACCUGGAAGGGGAAGUGACAGAGGAAUGCGGGAAGUUUGGAGCAGUGAACCGGGUGAUCAUUUAUCAGGAGAAGCAAGGAGAAGAGGAAGAUGCCGAAAUCAUUGUUAAAAUAUUUGUAGAAUUCUCUAUGGUCAGCGAGACUCACAAAGCUAUCCAGGCGCUGAACGGGCGCUGGUUCGCCGGACGGAAAGUGGUAGCAGAAGUAUACGACCAGGACAGGUUCGACAACAGCGACCUAUCGGCAUGAAACCUCUCAGACUUUUACCCCUCCCCCUAUUGUCCUCGUACUGUUUUAUUUUAUAUGAUUGUGGAUUGUCCUCAUUCUGCGGAGUAAGAACCACAUGGAAUAAAGCCUCUGGUUUUUUUUUUUU